AUGACCAUGAUGGGCUCCUACUCCGAGCAACAACCCCAAGCCCUCUACAACGACUUCCCCUCCGCUUACUCGCACCGCCACGCCCUCCCGCACUCCCGCCUCGAGUACGAACUGGUCCAACGCGCCUUGGGCGACUGCACUAAUGCCCGGGUGCUGGACCUCGCGGGCGGCAGCGGGGACCACGCACGUACAGCGAUCGAUGCCGGGGCACGACAGGUCGAUCUCGUGGAUGUGAGCAUGGCGAUGAUGGAGAUUGGGGAGGAGAUCGAGGCGAAAGCCGAUAGGGACGUCAUUCGGUGGAUCAUGGGCGACGUCACGCUGCCGCUGCACGAGCAGGUCAUCAUCCCAGCCCUGCCGAAGGGUGGCUAUGAUGUGGUAUUGGCGAUCUGGCCCUUCCACCACGCGGGCACGCUAGAGGCGUACGAGGGGAUAUGGCGCAACAUCGCGACGUACCUCAAGCCCGGCGGACAGGUCGUGGGGUGUCGACUCGCGAACCCUUGGAGUCUGUCGCUGCAGACGAGGAAGUACGGCGCGGCGGUGCGGUUGACGGAGCCGAUCCCGGGGGGUGUCAAGUGCCAUGUGGAGGUUGGUGGGGACGAGCCUUUUGCGUUUGAGGCGACGAGUUUGGAGGAGAGUCUAAUGGGGCAUAGGGAUGUGCCGGAGAUGGUGGGGAUCGGGGAGGUGCAGAUUUUGAGGGCGAGGGAGACGAAGACGGUGAGGGAGAAUGUGGUGUUUUGGGGGGAUUUUGUGGAUGAUCCGUAUUUUGUGGUGUUUACGGGGAGGAAGAUGGGGGGUUGA